AUGGGCAUUCCAGGGCUCAUCAAUGCCAUUGGCGUAGGGGAGCGGGUCUCCUUGGCCAAACUGGCCGGGUGGCACUUGGAACGGAACGCAAGGCCGAUUCGAAUUGCCGUCGACAUUUCCAUAUGGCUGUUCCAGGUCCAGGCUUCGCGUGGGGGCAGGAACCCUGAGUUGCGCACCCUUUACUUUCGCCUCCUGAAGAUUCUUGCCCUACCGAUUCAUCCGCUCUUCGUUUACGACGGUCGUCACAAACCACCCUUCAAACGAGGAAAGGCGGUCUCGCGCAGCUCGGGCAACUUGCCAAUCAUUCAACGUUCGAAGGACCUUAUUGAGAAAUUCAAGUUUCCAUGGCACGAAGCUCCUGGGGAAGCGGAAGCGGAAUGCGCCCGGCUGCAGCAAGCAGGUAUUGUCGAUGCUGUGAUUAGCAAUGAUGUAGAUGCCUUGAUGUUUGGGUCCACGUUCACCAUGAUGAAUUUCUCAAAUGAAAGUGGCAGUGGAUCUUCUGGGGCUACUCAUGUGACAUGUUAUUAUGCCAACUGUCAGGGGUACGUUUCAAAUGUGCCGCUCGACAGAGCCGGUAUGAUUCUCUUUGCCAUGCUCAGCGGAGGUGACUACCUGCCCUCGGGGGUGGAAAAGUGCGGUCCGGGUACCUCCGCGGAGAUCGCCAAGGCUGGUUUUGGAGAGGACCUCCUACAAAUGAUCGCUAUACGGUCUCCCGACUUCGAGACUGAGCUCAGGGAAUGGCGAGAACGACUCCAGCAUGAAUUAGAGUCCAACGAAAGUGGCUACUUCGCGAGGAAGCACCCAGCAGUGCGUAUCCCGGACAAUUUCCCUGAUCCUGCAAUUCUGGAGUAUUAUGCAUGUCCCAAAGUUUCCACGGACGAAGAGAUGGAGGUUUUGAGACUUCGGCUGAAGCACGCAUGGGACCUUGAGAUUGAUCCCUUAGCCAUUCGGAGCUUUGCCGCGGAGUUUCUUGAUUGGAAGUAUCGAUCAGGCGCUCGGAAAGUCAUCAAGAAUUUGGCGGAGCCUCUGGUGUCCUAUAGGCUUCGCCGCCAGCAACCGGUCAAGGCUCAAUUGCCCUACUCACUCGCCCCUAAGUGUGAUGCUGCUUGGCUUCAAAGGGUCUUCAAGAGUCGUGCCAGUUUUGGGACUGAUGGAAUGACUGAAUUCCAAGUUGACAUGCUCCCCAUCGAUGUUGUGGGCCUCGACUUGAUGGCCGAAGAACCCAAUCCUCCUCAAUGUACCCCUGAAGAAGGCUCUGCUCAGGAUCUCGAACAGGCUGAGGGCGAGGAGGACGAAGCAGAGCAUGACCACGCUCCGCCAGCCACAUUGACAAAAUCCCGGGUGACCAAGCGUUAUGACGUGUUCGAGUUACAAAAGAUUUGGGUCCUUGAGUCUGUCGUGAGGCUCGGGCUUCCCACAAUUGUCCAGAACUGGGAGGAUGAGCAAGCCGAAAAGGCCCGAAAGGCUGCUGCCCCAAAGAAGUCGUCGGGUCGAAGAUCGGCUCCCAAGAAAAAGGGCGCUAUUGACCCGGCUAUGAAACGUGGGAGUAUCCUGAAAUAUGGAACUCUCACUAAGGAGAGGACCAAGCUUUUUUCGUCAAAGAAGCCCAUGCUGCUCGAAAGUGUCUCCGCCAAGGAACACACAGCCUUACCACGCGAACCACCUUCGUCCGCUUUGAUCAUUGAUCUUGAAGAUGAUCCUGUCACGCCGAGUACGUAUUCCCAACACAAUCACUCGGAUCAUGUUCUUCAAUCUUCCUGCGAUGUGGAUGCGUUGACCAGCAACUUCUCCUCGCUAACUACUGAACCACGAACAUCAAGAGUGAAUCGCAUUCCAAAAUCCGAUCCAACAAAGAAGGCAUCUCGAACGCGUGGGCAGGCAAGCGCAAGCGGUGCAAUCAAUAUCGAUGAUCCACACGAUGCGCUAUCGGAAGCUUCAAGAAGACGACAAAAACUCUCGAACACUGUAACAUCACGAAGCAGUCGGUCGACGACCGCUCUGAAAGCACAAGUCACGGUGGAAGGGGCACCAGACAAGUCUGAACCACGAUCGAUAACAUCCACAGCGAAGACUCAUUCUUCUACCCUCCGAGAAAUUGCGCAAAAGUCGACUGUCAAAGACGUUUCAGACGUCGAUCGUCUUCAAAAGUCUAUAGAAAUCAUGUCCCUCUUGGACGAGUCGACAGAAGAUUGCGCGUCCCAGGGCUGCCCCUCGACCCGAUCACGCUCUUCUAGUAAAGCCAACGGUGAUGCUCCUGAGACUAAGUUGCAAAAGCGACACUUGAAAGACUCUCUACCUUCAAGACACCCAUACAUGGUGAAAUCAUCUCCUGGGGCCGCAGUGAGAGCUAGUAGUCAAUCUCAGGAGGUCAUUAAGCUCCUCAAAGGGUCGAAUAACUCCUUCGGAAGCAAGCGGACAUCUACUGCGAGUGUCUCCUUGGUUGCUGACCAGCCUCGUUCAACAUCCAAAGGCUACAUUGAGAAUGUCAUCGCAUUCAAUGGUUUCUGGGAAGCCAACGUCUCCUCUGAAACAGAGGGACGAUGCUCACAGUCCACUUCUAGUAAAGGCAAAGAGCGCUUCGCACGCGUACCCAUACUAGACAUGGCUUGA